AAUACUAUUGCUUUAUGGACUUUUUCAAGGGUGCUAGGUGACUGCUUUACAGGAGAGGCCGGAGGCUCUGUCUUCCAAACCUGUCUUCAGGAUUCAAGAACUGAGAGGGAAAAGCAGUGGGAACAAAAGCCCCUCCUUUUACGUGAAGACCACCAAAGGGUGGCUGCAGGGGACGGUUGGCCAGAAUUCUGUGCUUCUCUGGAGAACCUUGAUAUUGUUACUUAUCACUCUUGUCUGCAGGUGUUUUUAUCAGGGCAAAGGACUGCUUUUCUGCUCUCAGGGCCUUUGCACAUGUGACUCUCAUUAACUUUGGUGUCUCUCCAUCCCUAAAUGGUUCAUUUAUGAACAGGAGUGGUGUAAGGAGAGGAAAAGGAGGAGUAGACAAACACUUUCUCUGUAAUAGGGUGGAGAUGUCUGCCCAGAGGGUGAUUUCUAACACAACGUCCCAGCAGUCUGCCUCCAAUUCUGAUUACACCUGGGAAUAUGAGUAUUAUGAGAUUGGACCGGUUUCCUUUGACGGACUGAAGGCUCAUAAAUAUUCUAUUGUGAUUGGAUUUUGGGUUGGUCUUGCAGUCUUCGUGAUUUUCAUGUUUUUUGUGCUGACUUUGCUGACCAAGACAGGAGCCCCACACCAAGACAAUGCAGAGUCUUCAGAGAAGAGAUUCAGAAUGAACAGCUUCUUGUCAGACUUUGGAAGACCGCUGGAGCCAGAUAAGGUGUUUUCUCAGCAGGGCAAUGAGGAGUCCAGGUCCCUCUUCCACUGCUACAUCAAUGAAGUGGGACACUUGGAAAAGGCCAAAGCUUGUCACCAGACCGCAGCCCUUGACAGUGAUAUUCAACUCCAGGAAGUCAUCAGAAGCAGCGGGCAGCCAGAGGAGGAGCUGAACAGGCUCAUGAAAUUUGACAUCCCCAACUUUGUGAACACAGACCAGAACACCUCCUUCGGGGAUGAUGAUCUUUUGAUUUCAGGACCACCUGUUGUUCUAGAAAACAAGCCAGUUUCCCAGACCUCAUACAAAGACCUGGACUGAGAAACAUGCUCUGUAAUAUGUCUUCCUGAACAGUUGGGCUAUGUUUGUGUAGCAAGAAAUCUCCAUUCACCAGAACUGUGUGUGUGUAUGAGAGAGAGAGAGAGAGAGAGAGAAACAGACACAGAAAAAAAAAAGAGACAGAAGAGAACCCACUCAGAAGAGAGCUGAUUAAACUGUUUUUAUGCCUUUAAACACAUUUGGAGCUUUUUGGGGAAUAAAGUAUUUACCCUGUCUCAGUUUCCUCGUUGUUGGGAAGCUUGGCCACAUACUCAGAGUCAGCAUUCUUGAAUGGGCUAUCAUUCUGCGUUCCUACCUGGCCCCGCCACGGCCAGGCUCUGCCUUUAGCAAUCUGCUUCAGCUCUCUGGGCUGCCACGUUUUUUCCCUGUAAGCUGAGGACUCUGGAGUAAAUGCUCUAACCCGGCUCUAAUAUUUUGUGACUUUCUGUCCUUGCAUCCAGACAAGUCUGGCGUAUAUGUAAAGCCAUAUAAAUUAGGGUACUGGAUCCUAUAUCUUAUUGUAAGACCCUGUCCCCCAACCCCCAAAUAUCUGUAUCAUCCACCCAACCUUUAACUGAGCUCGGCUUUCAGCAGGGGCCUGGAUGUCCACCAGGAUGUCAGGACACUCGUCUCGCAUGUCACUGUGGACACUAUUUUUGUUGGUUGUGCCGAAACAGCUCUUCUGAGGACCUGUAGCCACACAUGCUCAAACCUGGGGACAGUCCUGCCUCUCCUCUCCUAGAAUGAGUGUCAGUCCAUGGUAUAUCUCAUGGUACGCCUGUCCUCAGGAAAUGUAAGGGAGGUCAUCAGCUGCAUGAGGGAGAUGACGUUUAUGUGUGCCUGUGUUGGUCUGUGUGUCUGGUCACACUGUCGUGCCAUUGGCCACUAAACCAUGAAAGUGCUAUUUGCCAUGCUGUGUACUUACUUGAAAGAUGUGUAGGUGGUGGUCCUCUGACUAUUAUGUGGCUUUGAGCUGAGAUGGUGAAUGGGUUGUAAAUACCCCGCCGCCAGAGAGUCAGGUUGGCCUGGUACAUCACAGCCAAACUGCUCACUGGUAUCGGAAAUGACUUGGUUUUCCACACCUAGGUUGUCUGCAUGGCCAGCUGCUAAUC